AUGGAGAAGCCCAAAGGUUUACACAACAGUCAGGGUCGAGAUCUCAUUCAGGACUUCGUUCCAUCAUCAAACAGCGCUGGCGAUGAGGAACCGUCAAAGUCUUUAUCUCACUCCACACAACCCAGUUGCCAGAAUGACGCCAGCUCCAAGACUUACUCGCUUAGCGGCUCAAAAAGCUCUAGAAGGCCUGCGACGAGCAUGAGUACGACCAGGACUCCCUCCCCAAGAGAGUCCGAUUUGUCUAGAAUCCGAUCUCGGCCUGUACCUUCUUUCAGUCAUCCUAUAGCCCACGUCAAGACGACCGAAGAUCAGCUCGUUGACUUCGACGGUCUCGACGAUCCCUAUCGGCCCCUGAAUUGGUCUACCGAGAAGAAGGUCAUCACAAUCGUUCUCUAUGGCCUCAUCACUAUGUCUGCAACUUGGGCAUCGUCUUCUGACUCUUCAGGGACCGCUCAAGUUGCGGCGCAUUUCCAUGUCAGCAGUUUUGGAGUCGGACCCCUCCUCUGGGCUCCACUUAGCGAGAUCUAUGGGCGACGACGGGCUGUUUUCAUCCCCAUGUUUGUCGCCACCUGCUUCAGUUAUGGAAGCGCUGGGGCGAAAGAUUUCCAGACUCUCAUGAUCACACGCUUCUUUUCCGCUUUCUUCUCGUCAGCGCCUGUUACCAACACGGGGGUGGUUUUGGGAGACUUGUUCCUUCCUUCUGAGAGAGGAUUCGCUAUGGCGGCGUAUGCUAUGGCUGUAGUCGGUGGCCCUGUUUUAGGUCCCAUAGUGUCGUCUGCUGUUGUGCAGGAGCCGAGCCUAGGUUGGAGGUGGACCGAAUAUCUGACUGGAAUUGUGCAGAUUAUCUUCUUGACGUUGGCCGUCAUCUUUGUCGAUGAGACUUAUGCACCCACGCUUCUAAUCCAUAAGGCCAGACAUCUACGUCGUGAAACAGGUAACUGGGCACUUCACGCAAAGUUUGAGGAGUGGGAUGUGAGCAUUCAAGAACUUGCAGGAAAAUUCCUUGUCCGUCCAGUGCAGCUUCUGAUGACGCCUAUUUGCUUCCUCGUUGCCUCGUAUGCAAGUUUCUGUUACGGUAUCCUUUACAUGCAGCCGGGGGCUAUUCCCAUUAUCUUCCAAGAGAUCAGAGGCUGGGGGUUUUGGUCUCCUCGCUUCCAUUCAUCUGCAUUCUUCUUGGCGUCAUCCUUGGAUGUGGGGUGA